AUGAUAAAGGAUCUUAAUCCCAAGUAAAUUUAAUUUUCAAGCUAACCUUAGUUGUGAGUAUAAACACAGCAAAUCGUUCUUUUAAAUAUCCUAUUCAACUAUGCAAUGGUCUAAGACUCCCAUUCCUAUAGCCAUUAUUAACCAAACAAUUUGUGAUGAAGUUAAAUUUGUAAACAAAUAAGGUAUAGUAAAGUAUAAAACACUUUCCAGUAUAGAAAAUUAUUUAUUUUACGAAACAAAAAAGGUAGUUUAAUUUAUUUUACCUUUUAUAGGGUAAAACUAAAUGGAUUGAUAUUGAAAAUGCUAUAAUAGAUUUAUUUUAUCAUUCAAAAUUUGGUUCAGCUUUAAGACUUAUAAAAUGUUUCGAUGUUGUUGAAAUCUUUUGUGAUGCCAAAUCAUGGCUUCGCUAUCUCAAACCAUAUACUAUACAAUAUGAUUUCAAUGCUACAUAUAUUAUUAAAAAGAAAAUCGGUAAAGGUCAAUUUUCAGAUGUAAAAAUUUUAAUAUUCCCAUCUAGGUUUAUAAAUGUAUAAACAAAUAUGAUGGAAAUGAAUAUGCUGUUAAAAUUUAUUAAAAAUAAAGUUUAAUUGAUGAAGUUGAUAAGGCUGCAUUGUUGAAAAGAACUUCUGUUCAUCGAAGACUUUAAUCAGAAUUUGCUAUUAAAUUAUAUGAAAUCUUUGAAAAUACUGAUUAAAUCUUUGUCAUCUUAGAAUUAAUUAUGGGAGGCACUCUCAUGGAUUAUAUUGCUAGAGAGAAUUGUUUUUAAGAAGAUCAGGCUGCUAAAAUAAUAUUUAGAUUGGUCAAAACAAUCAGUUAUUUACAUUCAAAGAAUAUUAUAUAUAGAGAUUUAAAACCUGAUAAUAUUGUUUUUAGAAUUGAUGGUAAUAUUGAGACACUUUGUUUAAUCAAAUUUUAAUUGGCUGAUUUCUUUGAUCCAGAAGUGAACUAUUAAUAUAUCUGUUGUGGAACACCAGGAUUUAUUGCACCUGAAAUCUUACUUCAUUAAAAUUAUGAUUUUAAAGUUGAUGUAUUUAGUAUAGGAGUUAUUUUAUACAUUUUAAUGACUGGAACAUUACCUUUUGAUGGAAACACUGAUAUAAGACUAUAAUAAAAUCUUGAAGCUGAAGUAGAUUUCACUUCAAUUAAUUUAAGUUCACUUGGUCUUGAUUUUAUUACUGCCACCCUAUAACCAAAUCCUGAAGAAAGAUUAUCUUCCCAUCAAUGUCUUAAUCAUUAGUGGUUUAUUUAAGAAUAAUUAGCUAAAUUAAAAUUCAUGUCUAUGAAAAAAUCAACUUAAUUUUAAAAUCAAUAAAUUGCUAGAAGAAUUAAAUAGUCUAAAACUUUGACUGUGAGUACUUCCUCUCCUAGAAGUCAAAUUUCUAUUUAGAGUCCAAAGAAUCAUAAUUUGCAAUAAAAUAUACAUUAUCCUUUGAAAAUUAAUCAAAAUUAAACAGAAAAAUUAAUUGGAUCUUCUUUUAGCUCCAAAAAUAUUAUUCAAUUUGAAAAGAUCUAGACUUAGCCACCAGAAAUUGAUUAAAAUGAAAUUUAGAGUAAAUAAAAAGUAUCCUUUUAAAAUGAAAUUAAAUCAUCCAGGAAAAAAACUUAAUCUUUUGUGAUUAAAUCAAAUUCAACUGUGAAACAAUUCAACAUUAUUAAAUCAAAAUUUAAAUGA